AUGUUUACGAGACUUUUAUUCUUCUGUUUCUCAUUGACGCUCCUCGUCUUUCCGGUUGCGCUUGCAAACGAACACGCCAAAUGCUACUGUGUUAUCAAUGAUGUAUCUCAUAAGUGUCUCACGGAAAAGGCCUGCGAUGUUUACCGGACAUCGCAAAAGAUCUUCGAGAAUGACAACCCGCAAAACGUUAACACCACAAUGCUGUGGCACGUUUGCGCAACUAUUGCUCCUAAGGAUGGCGGCCGGACACGGUACGUCUCUGGAUUUGGCGGCAACGAGUUCAAGGACUCUUGCAUCCAGGCUCAGAACUCCGGUGUAUGUGCCGACGCCAGUGGUACUAUUGGCUCAAAGUGCGAUUAA